AUGCCUUCGGUCAUCCCUCCAUCAUCCUCGAUGUCUCCUCGAUCUGGAAUGCCUCCGGUCUAUUACGAAGAAACGGCACCACAAUGGCUGUUCACAUCCGACGAACUAAAACAAUCUACACCAUCACGAGUUGAGGGCAUGCCUGAAGAUGUAGAGAUGCUGAACCGUCGCAAAGGAAUUAACUUCAUCACUUCGGUCGGUAUAGCCCUCAGACUGGAUCAAAUCACCAUCGCGACCGCUUCGAUCUAUUUCCAACGAUUUUACAUGCGCCAUCCAUUGCAAAUCGGUACUAAGGGUGCCCAUCAUUACCAGAUUGCUGCGACCUCAGUCUAUCUGGCGUACAAGAGCAAGGAGAAUCCGCGUAAAAUGCACGAGCUCAUAGUUGCCGUAUCCCGUGUCGCUCAAAAAGAUCCGAACCUUCUCAUUGACGAGCAGAGUAAAGAGUUUUGGAAAUGGAGGGAAACGAUCCAGCACCAUGAGAACCUUAUGUUGGAAGUUUUGUGCUUCGAUCUCGAUCCUGGCUUGCCAUAUCCCGUCCUCUUCGAGUUUUUGAAAUAUUACAACGUGCAGGACAACAAGAGAUUACGGAACGUUAGCUGGGCUGUCGUAACUGACAGCUUCACCACCCCCAUGUGUCUGUUGGUCCAGCCACAAAGUAUUGCUGCUGGUUCAUUGUAUCUGGGUCUCAAGCAUACAGGCCUUACUCUACCAGACGAUGAAUUUGGCAGGCCUUGGUGGGAUACCCUGAGGCUGGAUCCUAAAGAGAUGGAGGUCGUGCUAGAGACCAUGCUUACUACUUAUGAAAAUCCACAGAUAAGAGGGUCAGCUGGGCCUGAAGUCUAUGCAAGAGACAUUGACACCAUGAACUUUGAACAUACAAGACACGUUACUCCAAGUGUUGAUGGCGAGAACACGCCUGGCCAGCAGUUGCACGAUCGUUCAGUACACUCCGACGCUAAUGGAACCACAUAUGGAGGUAACGAGACUAAUGGUAACCAUGACGAAAUACACGAUGAAGACAUGAAAAAUGACGGUCAAAGUGGAAGUGAAGAAGGCGAACUUGGCUAG